GCGCGUACGCCGCUGGAGGCAAGCGUGGAGAGGUCGGGUGCGCGGGGUAGUCGCGGUCGUGAGGUAACGCCGGGCGCGAGGCGGUUAUCUGUUCCUUUUCGACAAGAACGGAAGGUGCAAGCGCCAUUGUAACUACCCAGAGCUCAGCGAGGGGGAAAAAAAAGAAUCCUGCUUCCGCCUUAGGUGGCCUCUGAGAGAAACGACCGCAGCGUCAGGUUCGAUUAUCUUCUAGGCCGCUGUGGGCGGGGUUUAUACGGAUUUGGCCGGCCCACUCGGGCCCCGCGCAUUUUCAGGAUGUCGGCACAGGCUCAGAUGCGCGCGAUGCUGGACCAACUCAUGGGCACCUCCCGCGACGGAGAUACUACACGUCAGCGAAUUAAAUUCAGUGAUGACAGAGUGUGCAAAAGUCAUCUUCUCAACUGUUGCCCUCAUGAUGUCCUCUCAGGAACAAGAAUGGAUCUUGGAGAAUGUCUGAAGGUGCAUGAUUUGGCAUUAAGAGCAGAUUAUGAAAUUGCAUCAAAAGAGCAAGACUUUUUCUUUGAACUUGACGCGAUGGAUCACCUGCAAUCAUUCAUUGCUGACUGUGAUAGGAGAACUGAAGUGGCAAAGAAAAGACUGGCUGAAACUCAAGAAGAGAUCAGUGCUGAAGUGGCAGCUAAGGCUGAACGAGUCCAUGAAUUAAAUGAGGAAAUUGGAAAACUGCUUGCUAAAGUGGAACAACUUGGAGCUGAUGGAAAUGUGGAAGAGUCUCAGAAAGUAAUGGAUGAAGUAGAGAAAGCAAGGGCAAAGAAAAGAGAAGCAGAGGAAGUGUACCGGAAUUCCAUGCCUGCUUCCAGUUUCCAGCAGCAAAAGCUACGGGUCUGUGAAGUAUGCUCAGCCUAUCUUGGCCUACAUGACAAUGACAGGCGGCUUGCUGAUCAUUUUGGAGGAAAGCUGCACUUGGGUUUUAUUGAAAUAAGAGAAAAGCUUGAAGAACUAAGGAGAAUUGUGGCUGACAAACAGGAGAAACGAAAUCAAGAACGUUUAAAGCGAAGAGAAGAAAGAGAGAAAGAAGAAAGAGAGAAGUUAAGAAGAUCUCGUUCUCACAGCAAGAACCCCAAAAGAUCUAGAUCCCGAGAUCGCCGUAGACAUCGAUCUCGGUCAUCCUCCCGUGACCGAAAGAAAAGAACCCGUUCCAGGUCCCGUGAAAAGCGACAUCGUCAUAGGUCUCGUUCUACUAGUCGCAGCCGCAGUCGCAGUCACCAAAGGAGCAGUCAUAGCUCCAGAGACAGAAGCAGAGAACCCAAUUCCAAAAAAAGAUCAUCGAAAGAAAGAUCUUCCAGAGAUCAAGAACGAACCAGAGAUCGUAACAGAACAUCACGUGACAAAGAAAGUUGCCCCAGAGAAAAAUCUCCAAGAGAUCGAAACUGCAAAGAAAGGAAGCGAUCUUAUGAAAGUGCAAAUGGUCGAUCAGAAGACAGGAGAAGCUCAGAGGAGCGUGAAGCAGGAGAGAUAUAACUGGCUGUACAUUCACUUGAUCCUUUACCUUCCUAUGAAGUUGCAUACUGUGGUUUAGUUUACAGUUAUUAAAAGGGACACCAGUGAGCAAUUCCAAUGUUUAUCCAUCUAGGAUAGAUGUACAGUGUAUAAACAUGGUUAUAAUGAAGUCUGAAUUGAUCCGUUUCCAUUGAUAAUUCAAUUGAUGAUAAGUGAAGCAGUUUCCUUUUUUCUUCUCCUCCAGUAAACUUGUAAGACAUAUUUUCAAAGAUCUAUCUUCAAGAUACCAGGUUUAUGUACCAACAUAAUAGAUUUAAAUGUUUUCUUCUCCAAUGCAGGUUAUAGUGAACAAAACUAUAGUGUGCUCUUUGCUUUGGAUGCUUUCAAACCUUUAUAAGCUCUUCUAGUUUUAUUCUGUCAAACAGCAGCACUGAAUCAUUUUUAAAGAGGUUGAGUGGGUUCCAGGCUUUUAUUACCACCAGAAGAUUGAGUUCUCAGCUCCUUCUUGAAAACUGAAUAUGUUUGGCAAUAUUUAGGUUGGGGACAUGUGCUGAAGAAAAUGACAACUUUUGAAUUUUAUUUUUACAGUGCCUAUUUAGACUUGGAAGUCAAACAGCUGUUGCAUUUCAUCCUUUAAAAAAAAUUGAAACUUUGAAAUCAAAGCCAGUCCCAUGUCUUUGUACAAUUUAAUUGAUCUAUGUUCAGUAUAUUUGUUUUUCCUUUCAAAAUGAUUUUUCUGUUUUUACUUUCCUUGUGGUGUGUUAACUGCACAUCCCUAAUUGUAAACAGCAAACAAUAAUAAAAUAAGCAAAAAAAUAUUUUUUGUCCAGUGAAAUAGCUGUGUGUUCCCACUCCCUCUUAACAAUUGAAGUGCAUGCUUCUAACAUUGAUACUUUUUUCAAUUAAAUCUGGAAAUAUCGUAUACACAUUGUUCAUGAGUGUACUGAAAUUUUUUUGAACACAGACUAAGUCUAAAGUACUGUAUGUAACUCAUAUUUCUAUAUGGAAUACAGCUUUCUUUGAGGAGGUAAGUUAACUACUGAAUUGUACACUGACAUUCCAACAGAUAUUUUAGUCAGAGUAGAGAAAUUUAUUGUCAAAGAUAACAUUGUAUAAAUAUACAUCAACAAUCCAAGUAAGUAUAAACACCUUCCAUUAAUUUGUCACAAAAUUUAAUAUCUGGAUCUGGAGCUGAAACUGCUUUAAAUUCUUUUUUUAUAGUUUAAUAGCUUUUGUAACAAUGAACUUUUUCCUCAAAGUUAAGCAAAACUAUAUCAGUGAAACCAGCAAACUAACUUUGUUCUUUCCUUGCUGUCCUUAGAUGAUUAACUAAUCCCAACAAGUUUUUUUUAAUUCUUUGCAAUGACAAGUACAAAAUUCAUUAUUGUCAAAUGAUGCUUAGUUGAUCAAUCUAAUAGUUAAUUAAUAUGUUAAUCAGGGCUAUUGUGGUGUUUUAAAUUUACAAAGUAAAAGUUGGAUUUUUUUCAAUGUAGAUAUAAAAAAUUAUUUUCAGUAACAGAUGCAUACCCUUCCUCAGAAUAUAGUGCCUUGCACUUAUUUCAAAAUUUACGCAAUCCAGCAUUAUCUAAAUGUAUAUAUUUAAUAUAAAAUAACAGAUUUUCUCUAAAAAAUUGUUUACAAACUAAUACAUCCAAUAUUAUUGCUGUCGAAAAUGAGCUUGUAAAAUAUUUAACAAUAUAUAAUUGGGUAAAAUCUAUCAUUUUGUAGAAUUAAUAGGAAAAGAGACUUUUUCAUAACAUCCUUUCAAAAAUACUUUAUUCUGAUCUUGGUGAUGGUAGUUCAGCUUCUUAACUCUAUCUAUUUUAUCUAUUUAAAAGCUCUUUAAUAAGUUUGUGUGUUAGCUAUUUAUCAGUAUUUAAUAACUAAAACAAAUUCUUUAAACUGGGAUUGCUAUUUGGUUCAAUUAAUAAUUGAGUGCUCCUUUUUUGUUUUAAUUUUUUUCUAAAUUUAGUAGGUAGCAAAUGAUACCAGUAUUUUGUUUGGAUAAGUUGCGUUUAAGAUGUAAGCUAAAUUUGACUGUAUACAAGAUACAUAUUAAUGAAUUAGACAGUUUCUGUAUAUCAGGAACAUGUUAUUUGCAUAUUACAUUCAUAAUUCCAUAUGUUAGGUAUGAAAUGCUCUUCUGGAAAUAUACAGACAUUAUUCCAAAAUAGGUUUUGAUAGCCUUGUAUUGCACAUUCUUAUAAUCUUUGAAAGUUUGAAAAAGAACUUUUUGGUGACCUUCACCAAAAGUAGUGAAAGCAAAUUCAUACUCUAUAAAGCAAUAUCUUUUUCUAAAUAUUCUACCAUUCACUUUCCUUGAAUGAUCAUAACUAUACUAUUAAAAAUGAGAAAAAUCUAUUCAUUUUCACAACAAUUUGCCUUCAGGAUAUGCUUCAUGUUACCUUAGAGAAGAAAAUGUAACGGGGAAAUGUAAAAUAAUCUAUUUUUGGAAUGUUUCAAUAAUCACUGCUUGAAUUAGCUACAUGUCAAAAGUAUUUUUCAUAUAGUCAAACAAUUCCUGACCAGUAGAUUUUGAAAUUAUGUACCUUGUAGCUUUUUUAUAGAAUGGCUGAAGUUAGGAAAGCUUAAAAGGAUUGCAUAAAUACAAAAAGACUUAAACUAUCAA